AGCAACAACUAGUUGUUAAGUCACGUAUAUAGAGAUUAGAAAGACACACCUCAAUAAUAUUGAACUUAAUCUAUCCCCAUACGUAGCUUGUGAAUAAAAGGUGGUGUUUAAUUUGUUGCAAAGACCCACCCACUAAUGGUUGCUAUGGGUAAUCUGCAGCAAAAAGCCAAAGAGCUCUUCAAGUUCAAGUGCUUAACUCCAAAAGAGAUGUUCUACCUCAUCACCUUCACCCUCCUCUCCCUCCUCUUACCCCUCUCGUUUCUUCUCCUAGCCAAAUUCUCCGAUGCGCAAUACUAUCUCCAAACCCUCGCUUGGUACCAUUCACCACAACACUUUCCCUAUGUUUUAACUCUCGCCCUUCACAUCAACCCUCUCAUUCUCUACGUUCUUGUGUCCAUUAUUAGCAUGGCUUCCUUAAUCCACGGCUUAACGGGAAAAAUCAUCAUUUUGAGUGACUCGUUAUCAUCAUCAAGCACUUUUCUUCAACCUCGUAUAUUGACUGCGUGGAUUGUUCUUUGCACGUUCCAAGUUUGCGUUGGUUUGGGCAUAGAGGGGAGCAUUGAGGCGGGGCUCUAUGACUCUAAUGAUGAGUCGAUGAGUUUUAAAUUUGGUGUUGAGAGAAUCUUGUUAAGCAGAGUUGUAUUCCUCUUGGGGUUGCACGAGACCAUGCAGGUUUGGGCCAGGAUGGUGGUGAGGCCCGUGGUGGACGACACCGUGUUCGGCGUCGCGGCGAGAGAAGAGAAAUGGGUGGAGAGGGUGGUGGUGGCGGCGAGCUUAGGUGCAUUGUGGUGGUGGAGAUUGAGGGAGGAUGUGGAGAGUUUGGUGGUUAUGGUUGAGGCCAAGACAGAGCAAUUGAUGGAUGUGAGAGUUAGUGAUUUUGUGGGGUGGUGGCUUUAUUAUCUUACUCUUACAAUUGGGAUAGUAAGGGUUCUAAGGGGUCUUAUGUGGAUGGUCACUGUUUGUCUAUGCAGAAGAAGAAGAAGAAGGGCAACAGGGGUUUCAACGGUGGUGGAACAUUGUCAGAUUGAUGAUAAGGUGUAAUUUCUUUUUAUGCAUGUUCUUUAACUUCGAUAAAGUGUAAAUUUGAUUUCACCAAUGCUGCUGUAAUUGUAUUUAUUUAUUUUAUUAAUGUACUUGUUUAGCUGUCUCCAACUCACUAAUUAAUUGUCAUUGUAGUCUCUGUUUAGAGACAUUGCAAGAUUGCAUUUACACUUUCUUGAAAUUGUAAUGAACUGGUACUCAAUUUUUGUAUU